UUUGACAGUACGUAAAAGUUCGCGAGACGGAUUGAGUGUUUGUCUUGAAAUAAAAUUUUAAUUAGAUUUUAAUGAAAUUGUUUACUUUCGCAUAAAUAUUGGUUUAAUUAGGUUAAGGGAGAUAUGCGUCUAUUAAUUUGGUUUAAGUUUUAGUUAUUUAAAGCUGAAUAAACAAGUUAUUGGGUUAAGCAGUGUUAUCUUAUCUUUACGUGAAUACCUGUUCAUUUAACGUGUUAUUGCUUUCCUGGAACUUUAAGCGAGCUUACAGCGAGAAAAUGGACACUUUAAAAUUCUACUUCGUAACAUGGAAUGUGGCCACCCGGUCUCCGGGUCAAGAUCUCAACUCUUUGUUGGACUUCCCGUCACAAUACAACAAAAACAAACCUCUUCCAGACUUCUACGUCAUUGGACUACAAGAGGUGAAAUCACAGCCACAGAAUAUGCUUAUGGACUCAAUAUUCUCUGAUCCAUGGACAUCGACUUUCAAUAAGAUACUGUGUAGACAAGGGUUUAUUAUUGCGAGAAGUACGAGACUCCAGGGUUUGUUGCUCUUGGUGUACACACAGCUCAAGCACGUCACACACCUCAGGGAUAUUGAGGCGCAGUACACAAAGACUGGCCUUGGAGGCAUGUGGGGCAACAAAGGCGCCAUCAGCAUAAGAUUCAACCUGUACGGGUGCUCGAUGUGCCUUGUGAAUUCCCACCUUACUGCGCACGAGCACCUCUUAGCAGAUCGCGUCAAUGAUUACAAUACGAUCAUCAAACAGCAUGCCUACCACGUCACGGAGACUUCGAACAUCUUGUACCAUGACUACGUAUUUUGGAUAGGCGACCUCAACUUCCGCACCGAUCAUCCCACCCCGGACAAGCCAAGUCCUACAUCAGAGGAGAUUGUAGAAACGCUACAGAAAGUAGAAAAGGACAAAUACGUGUCGCUACUGAAGCACGACCAGCUCAUAGCAGUCAUGGAAUCUGGGGAGGCCUUCUCAGAGUUCAAGGAACCAGAGAUACGAUUCCCUCCGACGUACAAGUUCGGCAUUGGGGGAGACGAGUACGAUUUGAAGAGAAAACCGUCGUGGACUGACAGGAUUCUGUACAAAGUGAUAGAAGACAACUACGAGAACAUCAAGCUUCGAGCCGAUUUAGUCUCGUACGGUCACAUGCCUCACUACACCAUCAGUGACCACAAACCCGUGGUUGCACUGUUUAAUAUCAAGGUCCGGCACGGCUUUACAAGGUCCCUUAUGGAAGAACAACCCCGCGUGGCCCGGUCAGGCGUCAGAAUGCGAGCGGCCAUGGUGAUUCCUACCAGCGCUCUAAUAGAUGACGCUCCUACAGAAGAUAACGUUGAUAAUCCCUUGCGCUCCGUUGUGGAAGAGGCGUCAGACCCUGACGCAUUGUCCAGGCCCUUAGAAGCGUAUAUUCCCCCGGACUUCACGUUAGAAGGGAGCUCCGCAUCUGAAGAGACAUUCUCCAACUACACGGAAAAGACCGUGGAAUUUGCGCCCAUCCACCGCAUCUGGUACAUCGGUGACGCAGACUUCAGGACUCAGUGCACGCUGUCACAUGACGUUGAAGUGUAUGCCAACGACUGGAUUGGAAUCUACGACGCAAACUUCCACAGCUUAGACGACUACAUAGCGUACGAAUACCUCACCAAAGUGAGUUUGCCGCAUACAUCGGAGGCUGGCCAGCCGCGCACCGUCACUCUAAGUUUCCCAGUGGGCAGUGGAGUGAGGACACCUGGCUUCUACCGGUUCAUAUACUUCAGCCAGCCGAAUAAUGACGUCAGGAGUGUGCUAGGCAUUUCUGAACCCUUCGAAGUAAGCAGCAAAGAGGACAGCUUAGUGACCAUUGACCCCUGCGAGCAACCUUCGAGCAGUAGCUCGCCAGGCCAGUCAAAACCGGCAACCGGUUUGGACAUCUUCACCGACUUCUCAGGUCUUGACGUGACCAAGCUCUCGCGACACGUGUCUCACGACCUCAGCAUCGACUGACUAAAGACCUACCUUCCUGGGUCGCCUGCCAACGGAAGGAAAAACAACGGUGUCUAAUUUUAUAUACAUUUUAAGCUUCAACCACACCAACGCGUGCAGAUUGCUAUCGCCGGCGCGAUCAAAGGCCAAUGACAGGUCGCGCGACCUAUGACAGUUCACGCGACCUGUCACCUGCACGCGUUGGUGUGGUAGAAGCAUUAGAGUUGUUGUACCUUUUGCAGGGAUGUUUUGAGUUAAUGCAAGAAAUGGUGGUGGAAUGGUUCUGUUUUUUUUGAUUGUCGGAUAUGAAAUUCUAUUGUUAUGAUCUAUUAUUAUGCAAUGAAAAUUGUAGUUUUUAUUGUUGAUACAUUUAUCAGCGUUAUUAGAUAGUUAUGACAAAACAAUACAUUCGGGACUGGAUUUUUUAAAAAUAAAAUCAAUGAUCCAUAUAAGAUUACCUAUACCUACUCAUAUAGGUCAAUAUUGCUGACCAAAUGAUCUCGCUUAGGUUCUCAAAUAUUCCUAAAGCCAAUCCAGAUUGCUCUUUUUUGUUGUUUUUGUUUAAAUUAGUAUUGCAAAAGGUACAAACAACUCAGUCCCUAUUAUUAUUAGUGUUAGAUGACUUGUCACAAUUUGAACGCAUGUUAUAUUUAUAAUCGUACUUAAUUAACUAAGAGAAACAUCAGGCAUGCAGUGAUUGGCUAGCCAUUGUGUCAGUAUUAAUUUCCGGAAUUAUAAAUAUGGUAACAAAUAAUUUAUUGACAUACAUAAUGUAGGUGUAAAUACUUUAGCGACUAAAAGUUUGUUCCCAAUUUCGGUUUCAAACUGCUUUUUAAAAACUUUUCAUUUGAAUAAUUGAUAGCGGAGCGCUUUUCAUUAAAAACACCUGUGCCUUGGAUUUUGUAGGCCACUAGUUAAAAUAAUUAUUCAAUUCAAAACGAUUUUUUAAAUAGGACAAUCAAAUACAGAGCAUGAUCUUUUUCAUUUUUCUGGGACCAAGAAAAGCUAGCUUUUGUUAACCUAGUUGGUGAGACUUGCCAUUAUUAAAAUUUUGUCAUGGUUGGUUUACAUUUUUUUCUUUGUUACGUGACAGUUACAAUGUUAGAAUUUAUGGUAUUGCCAUUAUAAAAAUAACUUGUAAAUGUAUACUGUAGUUAUUAGGCUGUAUUUGUAUUGAUGUACACAUGCAUAUAAUAUUGUGGUAGUGAUGUAAACGUCGGCUUAACUUAAUGUCAUAAUAAGAAUAUCGUAAAUAUAGUUAGUUAUCAUAUCAAACAUGUAGAUAACAAAAACAAUCUUUAAGAAUAUUGACAAAAUAAUUAAUUUUGGCUUGAAACGUGAUAAUUUUUACACGUGUAGUGUUUUAGUACAACGUAGUAUUAUCAUUGAAAGAGCAAAACUCCAUGGCUUUAGACAAUAACUAUCGCCGAUUGAAUGCCAUUUUGUUGUUGAUAUCAUUGUAAUACACAUUAUAAUACCGAUUAACCUAUAGCUAAGUAUAAAAUUUGAUUUUUUCCUGCCUAGAUAUCAGUUAUGGCAACAAAAUGGUCGCUAAGAGACUUUUUAGUCUAUGUUUGAGAGCUUAUCACUGUCACAUAUUUAUCUAGGCAGUGAAUACUGAUCAAAGGUAGAUGGCCUAUUCUAAUAUUAUCUGUGAAUGUAACUAUAUUGGUAAAUAAAUAGCAUCUAUUCGAGGUUGCCCUCGCUGUAUUUUUUAGUCACAACUAUUUUAUUAUAUGGUAACACUGUUCGGAGAUUCUAGUUUACACUUGUUAGUACAAUUUGUAAUUUUUAAUUAUGCCUGUGGUACAGGAAUAUGUCAAUAAAUAUUGUAUUGCUACCACACAGAUUACAAAGCAGUAUGAAAAAUAUUAAGAAAAAUAAAAUACAUUUUUGGACUGAAUAAAAUUUUAAACUAGUUAAAAUUGGACAGAUGGUGGCAUAAUUUGACCUCUGCAAAUGUAAUUAAAUUAAAAUUAACAAAUAUUUCAGUAAAUUGUGUAAAAUAGCAAGAAACAUAAUAAAUGAUAACUACAGUGCAGUGAUCGCAAUAUUUUUUUUAUCAUUGUCAAUAUGUUUGUGCCACGACAUUAUUUAGUGCAAUCUACUGAUAAGAAUAUAUUAGCAGUUAUAAUACCUAUAGGAAUUGAUUACAUCGCGCGUGUUCCAUUAGUCUGGGUAUAUAAAUUAUAUUUAUGUAGGUAUGUAUUAGCUUAGCAUAGAACGGUUGAGGUUUAGAAUAUGUAUUCGAGGUAUGUUUUGUAAUGUACAUACUAUUAUGUGAUAUAGUAUGCUAGGUUUAUGCAUAGUUUUUGCUUGAACAUCUUGAAUGGUACCGGUAAAAAGUAUGUAGAUGUGAGUGGUUAAAGCUAGAGUUCCACGCUAAUAUAUAAUGUGUAUAACUUAGUUUAUAAUUGUAUAAUGGACAUAUUAUUAUACAUUAAAUGCAUAGAAUGCCUGACCCCAUAUCAUGUCGUACCUGGCUUUUUGAGAUGAUAAUAGUAAUUUAUGUUAUGUUAAUCAACUGUUGUAGUUAAAUGAAGUCCUAGUAACACUGCGACCGGUUGCUAUAAUGUUUAUAACGGACUUAUUAAUAUGCUAUGUUAACAAAACAAAUAUUAAUGUUUAUCAUAUUGCCAUAAUAAUAGAGGGUUGAAUAUGUAGCGUUAGUUGUUAACUUUCUGCAAUUCCUAAGAUUUUUUAAAUUGCUCCUUAUUGGCUCAAAGGAUAGCUCAGUUGAGACAAUAAUUAAAUAGAAUUAAAUAAUGUGGCAAAAGGUUUAUCAAUAUUAUUUUUAUGGUGUAGAACAAAAAAGUUAUAAUAAGUAGCUUAAUAUCUUAACAGUUUUGAAAUAAGUUUGCACUUUAUUUAUUAUUCUUCGCACUAAUAGUGAUUUGGAUACUUAUAAACAGUUAAUCUACACUACCAUUUCAAUUUACAAAGAUUUUACCACCGAUUUUUAUGAGAUAUAGUAAGAAACAUGACAGGAUUUAUUAUUUACUUAAAAUAGUAGAAAAAGUUAACAAAUUCAAUGCAAGAUAGAAUAAAGUUAUUUGUCUAUUAUUUUAUUAUUGUAAAUGAUGAUUAUUUACACUUCAAAAGUUAGUUACUAAAAUAUUACAGUUCUGUAACAUUUUAUAGACAACAUGCAUCUUAAUUUAAUAUUUUAUAAAAAUAUUAUUAUACCUUUACUUAAUAGAUACCAAGAGACAUACCUACAACUUGUUUAAAUUGCUUGUACAUGGUUCUUUAUAAGCCUGCUUGCCAGUAAAAAAAAUUAGUGAAAAUUCUUCUCAUUCACACCAUAAUAAAAAUGUUGACAAGUGAGUGUCAUUAUACAAAAUAUUAAUCAAGUUUAAGUAUUCGUAUGUCUUCUAAAUCUAUUAUUAUUUUGGUGUUUGUACACUCUGUCAGACUAUACAUUACAUUAUUAUUUAUUACAGUUACAUAGAAACAUUAGAAACUAGUGCAAUAAAUUAUUAUUUAUUUUUCAUCAAAAUGGUUUAAAGUUUUUGAGAUUUUGUUCCUAUGUUUUUUAUUGAUUAAAUUGAUGUUCGAAAACCGCUAUAUGUGGGCUAAAUUGACGUUAUAUUUUGGUUAUUUUAUUUUGUUUAGGAUUUGGUCUCUUGAUUGCAAGGCAUAAGAAUACGGUAUUGCAAGUGCGUGAAAAUAUUAUGAUACACUACAUACCACCGCUUUUGCAAUGUUGUUUUUCAACGUAGAGGCCAACCUUUACUAAUAUUAAGUUAAGAUUUUUUUUUCAGUAAAUAACUAAACAGUUCUGUGGGCCAAAGUUUAAGUAUUGCUGUUAUGACCUAUCUUUUUCCAACAUGUUAAUUCAUAACAUUUUUAAUUGUCAUUCCAUUUCAUUAUGUACAAUACAUUUAUUUUUUUACUUUUUUUACGUUGUGUGUCAAAUAAAUCUAACAAAUUAGUUAAAUUGCCAGUAGGUUCUUCUAAGAUAAAAAUUGCACAUUUUUUAUCCCAUUUACUUGCCAAUGUUAAUUUUAUUAUGUUACGGUUUUUUUUUCGUUAGUGAGAGCUUGCUGCUUUAAAAUUGUUAAUUUGUUUAAAAUGUUCUGUUAAGACCUUGCACCUGGAUACUUAGAUAUGCCAAAUUGUUUAAAUUUUAAUAAAUGAUAACUAUGUUUGGCAGGACUGUUUCUAAAUGAUGCAUGAUGAUGUCGAAUAUACUAAAUGAAAAUUGAAAUUACGAAAUUAACUAAUGGAUUAUGUAUGUUUUAAAACAAACUAAAUUACAUAAUAGUUAUUGUUUAAAUAAUGAAGACAUGAAUGGAUGAAGGUGAUAUGUCGCAUUUUGGGGUUUUCGCUGUUCUAUGCUUGGAUAAAGGUGUCCUUGCAUACAAAAGGUUUUAAAUCUUUAAAUAACACCUUCAUCAACCAAAAAAAUACUUUAAUAUAGCCUCAAACGUAGUUAUUUUAAAGUUUUAGCAUAGAACAGCGAAAAAUCCGAAAUACAACAUAUCACUUCCAUCCGUUCAAAUACCAUUGAGAUGUAAUGCAUUUGUGAACCCUAUGCAGUUGUAGUACAAAAGUUAAUUUGUAGUUAUUUGUCACAACAGUUGUGUUAAUUUAUGUGAAUAGAAUUUAUUUAGUUGGAAUA